AUGAGUUCUGUAUCUCAGCGUGUGGCACUAAACGAUGGUCACUUCAUCCCUGUACUGGGGUUCGGAACCACUGUGCCUCAGAAGGUUCCUAAGAGUGAACUUAUCAAGGCUACCAAAAUAGCUAUAGAUGCUGGAUUCCGGCAUUUUGAUUCUGCAUAUUUGUAUGAGAUAGAAGAGGAAGUAGGACAGGCCAUUAGAAGCAAGAUUGCAGAUGGCACUGUGAAGAGAGAAGAUAUAUUCUAUACUUCAAAGCUCUGGAGCACUUUCCAUCGACCAGAAUUGGUUCGGUCUUGCUUGGAAAUGUCACUGAAGAAAGCCCAAUUGGACUAUGUUGAUCUGUACAUUAUUCAUUUCCCAAUGCCUUUGCAGCCUGGAGAUAAAGUUAUUCCAAAAGACGAACAUGGAAAUCUGUUGGUAGACCCUGUGGAUCUCUGUGACACAUGGGAGGCCAUGGAGAAGUGUAAGGAUGCAGGGUUGGCCAAGUCCAUUGGGGUGUCCAACUUUAACCGCAGGCAGCUGGAGAUGAUCCUGAACAAGCCAGGGCUCAAGUACAAGCCUGUGUGCAAUCAGGUAGAGUGUCAUGUUUAUCUGAACCAGAGCAAAAUGCUGGACUAUUGUAAGUCAAAAGAUAUCGCUCUUGUUGCCUACUGUACUUUGGGAAGUUCACGAGAUGCAGUAUGGGUGGACCAAAAGAGUCCAGUUCUCUUAGAUGAUCCAGUUCUUUGUGCCAUGGCCAAAAAGUACAAGCAAACACCAGCGUUGGUUGCCCUUCGUUACUUGUUGCAGCGUGGGAUUGUAGUCCUGGCCAGGAGUUUCAAUGAGAAGCGGAUCAAAGAGAACAUGCAGGUUUUUGAAUUCCAGUUGACUUCAGAGGACAUGAAAGUCCUAGAUGGCUUGAACAGAAAUUUAAGAUACAAUUCUGGAGAUUUUUUUAAUGGACAUCCCAAUCAUCCAUUUACUGAUGAAUAUUAA